GGACUGUCAUACUCGUGGUCACUUGGGCAUUAUGGCGAGGUGGAAAAUGUCUUGGUGCUGUACAUGCUCCUCACGAAUCACAUGUUCAUCACUACAACAAAGAUGAUCUUCGGAUUCUGAGACGCGCCGGCUUGCAGCUCCGAGUAUUCCAGUGGCCGGGCAUACGAGUACUUGGGUAGUGAGGUCUAGUAAGGGGCUCAAUGAUCUUCAAGAUGGAAGACCCAUACUGAACAGAUCACUUUAAUAUCGAUAUUUCUCGAGGAGUACUCUUAGACUCAGCUCUGAGCCUCGCUAAUGUCAUCUACAUCGUCCAACAGCGACUCAAACUUGAACAUUGAUGGGUUCCCUUCAUGUUUGCAGUCUGCAGUGCUUGGCUUGCGAGGCACAUUCAUGUGGACUUUACUGUGUAGCAAGCUCACCGCGUCUCUCUAUGAUGCACCAGCAGAGCCUGAGCAGCUCUCGAUCGAGUUCAAGGUUGGUCUCCCCGUAAUUAUUGUCAUCGCUAACCAAGCUCCUCUCACCCCUGAGCGCGAGUUCGUCACUAGUGACAUUCCCGCGAGCCAGCGCACUGUCAAUGGAAUAGUUCAUUUGAAGCUCUGCACGGGUAAUGUUGUUGGUCUGGAUGACGAGCACCAAUCCUCCAUGGACCAGCUCGGCGGUUUUGAGCCAACAGGUUUCAUUCAAAUCGAAAGCAUCCAUAUUAAAAAGUGGGGCCAUUUAUAGCUCCCGCAUCUAGCUGAAUCCUCUGUGAUUAGCUUAAUACUUCAACGUUUCUCGAACAG